CACAGACAAGAUUCAUAACCUCGCUCUGCUCUUGCACAGAAAUCAAUGAGUCGUGGAAAAUCUGUGAAUACAUCAAAUGAUUUAGUGUGCUAUUCAGAAGCAGAUACCUAUGGCUGAACCGGAAUGUGUAAGAAUUAUGACUGAAACUGCACCAUGCAUUGGAUCAUUCUCUGCUGUUAAGACACUUUGGGAAGUGAGAAUUCAGAAAAUAAAUGAAGAACUACGGAAGGAAAAGGAAUUCAGACAGAGGACUGUAGGCAGACUGAUGCUUGUCUGGGAGGAAAGAAACAGUUUAGCCAAGCUCAAAGAAAAAGUCAUCACUGAAGAUGGAAGGGUUAUACUAAGGAUAGAACAAGAAGAAUGGAAGAUGUUACCUGCUUGCUUACUGAAACUGAACCACCUCCAGGAAUGGCAGCUUCACAGAAUUAGUUUGGUGAAAAUUCCUGAAUUCAUUGGAAGGUUUCAAAAUCUCAUUGUGCUGGAUCUAUCCCGAAAUGCCAUUGAAAAGCUACCUAAAGAGAUUGGCCAGCUGCCUAACCUCCAAGAGCUGCUUCUCAGUUAUAAUAAAAUUAAGUCUGUUCCGAAAGAGCUAAGUAACUGCAUCAGCCUCGGAAGACUGGAACUGGCUGUGAACAGGGAUAUCUGUGACCUUCCACUUCAGCUCAGUGACCUAAAGAAGCUUUACCAUGUAGAUCUGAGUAUGAACCAAUUUACUACCAUCCCUUCAGCUCUCCUGAACAUGCCAAGUCUAGAAUGGUUAGACAUGGGGAGCAACAAACUUCAGCAACUCCCUGAUACGAUUGACAGAAUGGAGAACCUACAUACUUUAUGGCUCCAACGGAAUGAAAUAACCCAUUUACCAGAAACCAUCAGUAAUAUGAAAAAUCUGAGUACUCUUGUCCUCAGCAACAACAAACUCCGGGAUAUUCCUGCUUGCAUGCAACAAAUGACAAAUCUCAGAUUUGUCAACUUCAGAGACAACCCACUGGAGCUGCAAGUAACACUUUCCACAUGCGAGAAUACUGAAGAGGAAGAGGAACGGGAAUUGUUUGGUAUUCAGUUCAUGCAUAUGUAUAUUCAAGCGUCACUCAGCAGAGCAGCUCAAUCAUAGCUAGCACAGAUAUGUCUCCUUGAGCUGGAAGUUACACUGAAGAGGGAGUAGCAGGAGAAGCUGAUGCUUUUGUCACGGAGUUUCUGGAGUUCCCAGCAUUUCCUGCCAGCAGGUGGAAAAGCACCAACAUGUGAUGGGGAAAUAUAAGAUGUUUCUAGGAAGAUCUAGUCACCUAAGUGAAAUAAAUUACUGUAUAU